GCAAUUCGCAGCCAGCUGACAACUGCUUUGGGCGUGGCGCUGGCAGCGCUGCUGGUGACCGCUGCCGUUGCGCUGUCGCCGCCGCAGCCAGCUGAUCACCUGGUGCCGCCGCCCGCCCCACCAUCGCCGGCGCUGCCUGUGGCCCAGCGACUCACACAUGCCGGCUACUCGGAGCCACAGCCACCCGAAGGUGGCUUCAUGACGCGCGUCGCCCGCUGGUUCGGCCUGGGCGGUCCGGGCUCAGCGCCGCGCGAUCAGCAGCUGAGCGCCAGCGGGCUGAGCUAUGCCUAUCCGAAGCCGGCGCAGCAUUUCACAGCGGACGGCAAGCCGUGCGGCCUGUGCAACAAGUAUCCCUGGGUGCCCAUGUUCGGGCAGCAGCAGCAGCAUCAGCAGCAGCCGCCGCCACCGCCGCCGCCUCUGCAGCUGCAUCAACAGCAGCUGCCACAGCAGCAGAUCUCUGCCUGGCAGCACCACCAGCAGCCCUUGGCGCAGGCCUCGCAGCAUCGCCAGCGCGCCGUCCAGUUUCAGGCGCCACCCCAGAGCGUCUUUCUGCCCAUCUCGCUGCCCGUGCCCGGACUGAGCCAUGUGGCCAUGCCUCCACUCUACAAUGCGCAGCCGUUCCGACCGCUGCCACAGCCACAGCCGCAGCCGCAGUCCCAACAGCCUCAUCUGUAUCCGCUGGAGAAUGUUGGCGCUCACUCGGAGCUGCGACCUGUGCCCGCGGUGCCAUCGACGACGCCUCAGCCGCCGCCGCGGCAAUCGAGCAGCAGCAGCAGCAGCAGCUUUGAGAUUGUGCAAAGCCAUCAGCUGACAGAUUUCGUCACCUCCGUGGAGUAUCCGGCCACCUAUGUGCAGUCGCAUGCCAUUGACCUGGGCCAGACGGCAACGGCAACGCCAACGGCCACGGCGCUGCCCAAGAAUCACAGACCUCUCCACCAGCUGCAGCAACAGUUGCAACAGCAACACCAGCAACAGCAGCAACAGCAGCAACAGCAGCAGCAGCAACAGCAGCAGCAGGAGCUGGAUAUCAGCACUGUGCGCUAUCAGCUGGAGGAUCUGAGCAGCGGUGCAGUGCAUCAGCAUUUGCCCGCCUCGCAGCUGCUCACGGAGCUGGGCCACUUUACGCCCAUCACCGUGGAGACGCCGACAACGCAAAUUCCGGCCGCAGACAACUAUCCGGCCGCAUCGUCACAGCAGCAGCAGCAGCACGAGGAGGAGCAGGAGCAGCAGCACCUCUACUAUGCCGAGCAGUACCAGGACCUGGCCGAGACGAGCACCGUGACGCCCGUGUACGAGUCGCUGGUCUACACCACGGAGCAGCCGGCGCCGGUUCCAGCGGCCGCUGUCGAGCUGAACAAUCAUCUGGUGCCGCAUGGACGCGAUGGACGGCAGCGGGAGACGCCCAAGCGGCUGCUCGACUCGCCGAUCAAUCAUGGCCAGGCGCACGGUGCACCGCCGCCACGCCCCUUUACCCGAGAUCCCGCCGAGCUGAGCUUCCGGCACGACGAGCCGACGCAGACGCAGACGCAAGCGCCGACGCCGACGUCCACGUACGGUGCCAUCGAUGCCAGCGGACAGUAUGCGGGCAUGUCGCCGCCGGGGCCACAGCAGGUGAUCAUACCGUAUACGACCAAGCAGAAGCCACGCCCCUUCGAGCCGGUCAACUGGACGCCCGGCUGGCGGCUGCGGCCGAGCCAGGAGAACGAGCUGCACGAGCAGCAGGAAUCGAAGCUGGUGAGCACGUCCGCGGUGACAGUGGCUCCACCACCGAACACGCGUCGCACCACCAAGUAUCUGACCAAAAUCCUUGCCUCCAAUCUGCGCGAGCUGCUGAAGCGGGAGCGCGAGACGAAGCGUCGGCCCGCCCACUUUGGCGUGGACAUCUCGAAGCUGCAGCACAACAUCGACGGCUGGACGGAGCAGGAGUACAAUUCGCUGUCGCACCGGCCCAGCACGCCGACCAUCCGUGGCCGCUCCAAGCACAUACCCACGGAGUACCUUACCACCACGACGCCGGCGACUCCGACGGCCACAUCGGCGGCCCUGCGUCAGUCGAAGACGACGCGCAGCGGUGCCGCCGGUGGCUUCGAGCUGGGCGGCGGCGCCACCUCGAGCCUGGGCAGCGCCGGGGACUUGUCCACCUCGAUUAACAAUCUGGAGCAGCUGCAUCUGCGACGCUUUCCGCCCGUCGAGGACAAUCGCCUGCUGCCCGACUAUUACGAGUCGUCGCAUCGCACCACGCCCAUGCCCACUGUCACGCCCACGGCGACAACGACAACGCCAGCGCCCACGGCGGAGACGACGCGCGACUCAAUCACGCCCCUGUACACGCGCACCACCGCCUCCACGCCGGCGCCCGUCGAGCUGUGGAAACAGGCCAAGGUGGCCAUUCUGCCCCAAACCAACGAGAAGGUGUACGUCGUCACGCCACAGCCGCGCCAUCAGCCCCAGCACAGCGAGCUGGCCGCAUCCGCCUCGGUGCCGGCUCCGGUCUACCAAACGCCAGGGCCUCGAUUUCCACGUGUGCGACCCACUCCAGCUGCGGCAACAGUCACCAGCGAUGUAAUGGCCGCCACGCCCACGCCCGCCACGGAACAGGUGCGCAACUAUACGCCGGACAUAUUUGGCUUGAUGGGUCUGUCCGCCUAUGUGCCAGCGGAGCCUGUGGAGAUCAUUGAUGGCAAUUCCAAAGUAAUCACAAUUGUGACAGCGGCGCCGUCCGCGGCUGCGCUGCAACGGCCAACACCAAAGUCCACGAUAUCGCCUAGACCCAGAUAGAGUCCAUGCCAGGACGCAGCCCGCCAGGACUCAGCCGGAGCAGAGAUCAGAGAGCAAAGAGUUCCUGAGUUCCGAUUUCCCAAAGCGGUUCCAUUGACCCGAGCGGCGCAUCUAUUGUAAUAUAUUUCCCCAGGCCGAUUCGAUGGAUGGAUGCACCUGACUUAUCGUGUUGCGAAUUUAUUUUGUAAGCCUUAAACCAAUUUUAGAGUAUUUUUGCAUUUGGUAGCUUUACACGUACACUUAGUUUUAUCCGUAUUGGUAAUGUGUUUUACUACUACAGUCUAUAUAUACAUUUUUUUUGUUUUUUUUU